UUGCGAGUCCUCCAGAGCCAUAUAUUGAUAGGGGGUGCGGCACAGUUACAUUGCAGUGCUAGUGAUCCUACUGCAGAAGCAGAGUCAAAAGUAGGAGCGAAUAACCGGCGAACCGCCAUGUCAUGAGAUGCUGCGGUUUGUCAAUUCCAUGAAGCGAGUGCCCAAGGACGUGGUAAAUUGUGCACACCCCAGACCUGGACAAGGCGAACCGACUCUAUGUAUAAGAACCAUCAGAUCCAAAUGAAAUCAUACCGGUUAUAUACCGCAUGUCGUGUCAGAAUUGUUAUCAUCGAGUCUUGACAUCAACAAUGUCAAUGAAGGGCUAACAACAACUUUUGUGGCAAGUCUCUGCAACCUCUCCAGGUACUCGGACAAUAACACUCAUGUGCCACGACACCUGAGACCAUGAUGGAAUGAUCAACUUGUUUACCGCGGAGUCAGUGAUGUACACGGACAACUUUGUGCAAGACGGGGUCUCAGACUUCGGCGGGGAGCGGGCGGGAAUCGAAAUUUGGGUCGGAGCUAGGAGGUUCUCUUCGGCCAACUUGGGAACGCAUUUCUGUCGUCAGUUCAUCACUCUUCUCGUCCGUGCCAUGCUGGAAGAUGAAACUGAAGUUCUAGACUGGGGAAACGAGGAGGAAGACCGGGGAACUUCGGAACAAGAUCCAAGUCUCGCCGCCGAGGACGCAGAAGAUGCUGUGUCGCUUGGAGGUGACGAGGACGACGAAUUUCUGACAUACCAGCCUCGCGUUUCACAGGGCGCUUCUCAGCGCACACAGUCUCCUUCAAAGACUGUUAAUCACACUGAAAAAAUCAGGAGAUAUCAGUUUUUGGCGCCAACGCUCGGGGCAAGGCUCUUGAGCAUGAUAGGCCCAAGACGCCAGCAAGGACUCCUCAGGAAACACAGACGGUUCCUGAACCAUCUCCAGCCCUCAACCGCCAGCUGUCGUUUGGGAAACUUACUCAUGCUCUUCCUCCCAAACCAAUAGUGUCUUCAGUUCCGUUUAUGCAUCCUUCUGAUCCGUCCAUCAUUGAAGCUACAGCCAUGGCGGCUCGUGUCGACCGGGACAAGAAAAAUGGCAUU